UUCGUUAGAGCAACUUCGCUCGUCGUUCGUGGGACAUCGCAAGGUCCAACUAGAGUUUAAAACGCAUACGUUUCGAGAGAAUCUCGGUGAAUUCGUAGUGUUUAGUGUCCAGAACUCUGUACAUACACCCCCUGUGAAAACGUUCGAUCAGUGCUCCCGAUCGAUUACCGAAGUUUCGCGGACUGUUCAGAAACUUCCAAGUGAUCGAAGUGAUGGUGAAUAUGGAGGGCUCCUGCGAGCAGCACACGGUAACAGCCUCGCCGCCGCCGAGAACCGCGCUGAAGAGCAGCUUCAGCAUCCGCAGCAUCUUGCCGGAAGCUUGCGCCGGCACCCCGGCGCCGGCCGACAGUCGUUCAACGUCCCCGUACGUGAGCCACGUCGAGGACACCUCGGAUUCCAGUGAUUUGGACGUGACCGGUGAUGGCGGCACUGAGACGCCGCCGUUGGAUUGCUCGACGAACGCCGGGGUCGCGGCGAAUACCGAGGUGAAGGACUCGAAGGACCGGGAGACCGACGAGAAGAAGAAGACCGAGAAGCCGCCGUACAGCUAUAACGCGCUGAUCAUGAUGGCGAUCCGCCAGAGCCCGGAGAAGCGGCUAACGCUAAACGGAAUUUACGAGUUUAUUAUGAGCCAUUUCCCUUACUACGAGAACAACAAGCAGGGCUGGCAGAACUCGAUUCGACAUAAUCUCUCGCUGAACAAGUGCUUCGUGAAGGUGCCGCGACAUUACGACGAUCCCGGCAAGGGGAACUACUGGAUGCUGGACCCCAGCUCCGAGGAUGUCUUCAUCGGAGGCACCACGGGCAAGUUGCGCAGAAGAACCACGGCGGCUUCCAGGUCGAGGCUGGCGGCGUUCAAAAGGAGCGUUGUCAUGGGAAGCCUCUAUCCCACGCCUUACGCUCCGUCGGCAUGGCCAGCAACCCUGUACACGCUGCCGUACUUGCACCGCGCCGCCAGCUACCCGGCGCCCGCCGGCCCCUACACCACGCCCGCGGGUUAUCCCGCGAGCUUGUUGCCCGGCGCCGUCACCAGCACCGCCAACAGCCCCGCCAGCAGCCUCCCCAGCAGCCUUCCUAGCAGUCUACCCAGCAGCCUCCCCAGCAGUCUACCCAGUAGCCUCCCCUGCAGCCCCGCCAACAGCCUCCCAUGCAAGCCGCAGCCUCUGCCAGCCGCCGCCGCGCCUCCCGCUCACGGACACUUCGCCAUGGACAGGCUGCUGCAUCCAUCCCCCGGCUACGCCGCCAGCAUCGCCGCCGGCAUCCCUAUCUCCGGCAACCCCUACGACUUCUACUCGACUCUGAGGUCCCUGGCCGCGCACCAGCAGCAUCAGGUCACGGGAACGGUGUUCGCUCACAACCAGCAGCAUAGGUACCAUCAGCCGUCGGUUCUCGGUCAGAUGACGUCCGCCAGGGCCUCGCCUGGUAGCAGCCCCGAGCCAAUGUCCCCACAUUCGCCACCGGUUUCGAUAUGCAACUCCGUGCAGCAGCCCAGGAUGCAGCACUCUACGCCGCAAUUGCUUCUGAAACCCAUCACCGUGCUCACCGGCAGGCAGAGCUGAACGUCGCCGCCGUGGACGCUGGAUCAGUGAUCUGCUUGGUAGCCGGUUCGCUGUGCCGUUCGGAGGAGUUUGAGGACGAGUGAGAGCAAUGUUGUUGGUUGAUUCGUUUGGACAAGUGGGUUUAUGAACUUGUAGAGCGUGAGAGAAUGUCUGCUAGUCAUUACAUAUCGUAGUAAAUAGAAGGGAGGAGUCGCAGUAUAUCACAAUCCCGGUGGUAUUUUACGUGCUGUAAAUAUUAUAUAUGUAUAAAUCGACGCGCGCAGUUGAUGUGUUUUCUACGCUCGAAGCGGACACCAAAUUACGCGCGUCGUCGCACGACAAUUCGGGAUAGAGUAAUAUAAUGUUGUAAAUAGUCUUGUCCAUGUAGAUGAUCUCUUUUUUUUAUUCGAUUCCUGUAUAUAGAAGAAAGAUUGUUAAGCCUAAGAAGCAUGGGUCGCGUAUGUAUAUAUGUACACAUAUGGAGAAUGUGGUGCGUGCGGCUACAUGUGUACGACCGUCAAAUAAAUGUUCAGAUCUUUCAUAGAA